AUAUGUUCUAUCUAUGGGCAACAACACAACGAGCCCAACACAACGAAAACAUAAUAAUAUGAUUAAUAAAUAAUGAUCAGCAUAAUAACCACAACUUAUUAGCGCUAUUAUAUACCAUACAACAGUUUUUUAGUGAGAAAGUUAUCUGUUAGAGAUCGAUAUAUUUCCAUUAUGUACAAGAGGAAGUUGUCAGCUUUGAAUUAUCCGCAGCCUGAAACAGUUAAUGUAAAAGAUGAAAAAGAAUUCCGAAAAAUAAUAGUAUGGUUAGAAGACAAGAAAAUAAAAAUGUACAAGCCAGAAAACAGAAAAAAUCUUUCAGAUAUAUCUGCUUCUGAUUGGGGAAAAAUUUAUCAAAAGUAUAAAGAUGAUGUUAACUGUCAAGUAUCUAAUAACAUAGCAGACGAAGAAUUAGAUUGGUUCUUGGGGCUUGCCCUGAAAACUGAAUAUUUAGAAAAUAAAGAGAAAUAUGGAAAACAUACAGUUAAAAAUAUUAAAUCAAAGAAAAUUCCAAAUGUUGUAGCUGAUAACCCUUUGGAUCAUUUAGAUUUUAGUUCAAAAGAAUUUUCCGACGGCAUUAAGACAAUUGCUCAGAUGUUAAACUGCCCCAUUCAUCCUGAUUCAUUAAUCACAUUACAAGCUCUUAGUAAAAUCAUCUGUAAUCGUUUAAAUCGCGAGGCCUUACAAAAACCAGAAUUAGUGGUUAUUAAAGGAACCCCUUUUCCAUUUCAAGAUACAAAUUUGGGUUUUGAUUUAGGAGAUGCAGUUUUAAAUAAAGCUGUCAAAGUUUUAAGACUGUUAUACAUUCACGAUUUGAGAGAUCUGCAAACUAAAGCCAAUGAACUUAUUGUAGGAGUGCAGUCUAUUACUGCUAAUCCUAAGACUGAUACUGCUCUUGGCAAAGUUGGUGUAUAAAUUAAAACAUUGCUUAACUAAAAAUAAAUGCUAUAUUUAUAAAGGAUGA